AUGAAGUUCCUGGCUCUCUUCGCCGCCAUCGCCGCCACGGCCAGCGCGCAGGGCUACGGCCACGGCGUGGGAUACGGCGCCGGCCACGGCGGCGGCCGCGGCGGCGUCCACGGCGGGCGGCUAUGGCGGCGGAUACGCGCGCCGCGCGCCUACGCCUUCGAGUACGCCGUGGAGGACCCGCACUACGGACCCAAGUUCCGGCAGAGCGAGCACAACGACGGCAAGACGGCGCAGGGCUAUUACAGCGUGGCGCUGCCCGACGGCCGCACCCAGCACGUCAAAUACUACGCCGACCAGGCCGGCUACGGCGGCUACAACGCCGAGGUCACCUACACCGGCUACGCCCAGCACGCCCAGCCCGCACACAAGUACUAG